AUGCAUUGCUUUUUUGCUGAGCUGGAGCUGUCUAUCCCCGUCACUGAACAAAACCUGGCAGACCGAGUUCGGUACAUCAUGCGCUCGAAAAUAUUUGAUGAUGCCGAACUCGAACGACUACGACGUGAGGCUAUUCCGUCGUCGAAUGAAUCGGCUAUGGCUGGAGAUGCAGCUCCACAUUCGACAGACCAGCAUCCACACGUGGAAGCCGCCAUGGAUCUUCCAGUUGUGGUUGAUUCGAACGACGAUGAAAUAGUCUCCCACGAACUAGAGCAAAUGAGGAGUAUAUUGGAAGAGGCGAUUUUAGAAACGCGCAGCACCCCUCUCGAAAAUCGACCGCGACUUCCCCCGCAUACCCCUAAGCAAGCGAAAUCGGGCUGUCGUGAGGGCUCUUAA